UCAUUUCAAGUCCAAUCUCCGUCAAUCCUCUCUUUCUCUUUUGUCUGCAUGCUUCUUUUCCCCAGCACUCAACAAACAUUCACUAGCUCAGCUUAAUUUCCCCUAAAAAGAUCGAGGGAUGAUGCAUCGCCUCCUUCAAUCAGCCCUCAGAAACGCCACCCAGGCUGGCUGCAACCUAAAAGAUGUUUCAGCACGUAAAAUUCUACAGAAAGAUUUAGUUCGGGCUUCUACAGCUACGAAAUGGUAUGGUACAGAGGCAUCUGCGCAGAAGGAUGUUCCAUCAACUGACGAGAAAGAGUUUAAGGGGCAUGAUAUGCUGGCGCCCUUUACGGCUGGAUGGCAGUCCACGGACGUGAACCCUCUAGUAAUCGCAAAGUCAGAGGGGUCCUAUGUGUAUGACAUUAACGGAAAAAAGUAUCUCGAUUCUCUCGCUGGUCUAUGGUGCACUGCUCUUGGUGGUAACGAGCCUCGUCUUGUUGAAGCUGCGACUAAACAACUAAACACCCUGCCGUUUUACCACUCAUUUUGGAACCGUACCACAAAACCUUCUUUGGAUCUAGCAAGUGAACUGUUGGAGAUGUUCACAGCCAACAAAAUGGCUAAGGCCUUCUUCACGAAUAGUGGAUCGGAAGCCAAUGAUACACAGGUGAAGUUGGUUUGGUAUUACAACAAUGCCCUCGGGAGACCGAACAAGAAGAAGUUCAUCGCUCGAUCAAAAUCAUACCAUGGUUCGACGCUUAUAUCAGCCAGUCUUUCCGGUCUGCCUGCUCUGCACCAGAAAUUUGAUCUGCCAGCUCCGUUUAUUUUACAUACCGACUGCCCUCAUUAUUGGCGCUUUCAUCAACAAGGUGAAUCGGAGGAGGAGUUCUCAACCAGGUUGGCCAAUAAUUUGGAAAACCUCAUCCUCAAAGAAGGCCCCGACACGAUUGCUGCUUUCAUAGCUGAACCAGUUAUGGGGGCUGGUGGUGUCAUACCUCCUCCUGCAACGUACUUCGACAAGGUUCAAGCGGUCUUAAAGAAAUACGAUAUCCUCUUUAUUGCUGAUGAGGUGAUAUGUGCAUUUGGAAGGAUCGGGACGAUGUUUGGUAGUGAUAAGUACGGCAUCAAACCUGAUCUCGUAUCUAUAGCAAAGGCGCUCUCUUCUGCAUACAUGCCUAUCGGAGCUGUUCUUGUCAGCCCUGAAGUCUCCGAUGUCAUAUAUUCUCAGAGCAAUAAACUUGGUUCUUUCUCCCAUGGAUUUACUUACUCCGGACAUCCUGUAUCAUGUGCCGUUGCAUUGGAAGCACUCAAGAUCUACAAGGAGAGGAAUAUAGUUGAGCAAGUAAACAAAAUAGCCCCUAAAUUUCAAGAAGGCCUGAAAGCAUUUUCGGGUAGUCCCAUUGUUGGUGAGAUACGUGGGACGGGAUUGAUUCUUGGGACGGAAUUCACGGAUAACAAAUCACCUAACGACCCUUUUCCUGCUGAGUGGGGUGUCGGAGCUUAUUUUGGAGCGCAGUGUCAGAAACGGGGCAUGUUAGUUCGCGUUGCGGGUGACAUUAUCAUGAUGUCUCCUCCAUUUAUCAUCACUCCUCAAGAAGUUGAUAAGCUGAUAGAGAUAUAUGGAGAGGCUCUCAAAGCUACUGAAGAAAGGGUGGCAGAGCUCAAGUCUCAGAGGAAAUAAAUGAUUUGAUUAUAAGAAAAUAUUGAUAAUGGUGAAAACAUAGCAUGUUUCUAUUGAAUAUGGGAUUGAAAAUAAAAGGCAAAUCUAUGUUUAUAUCAUUA